AUGGAUAACCAAUAUCGCAUUGUGCGUUCCGUGCAGCCCAGUGGUGGCAUGGCGUCGAGCGACAUGCAUGAGUUCAAGUUGAUUAACAAUGGCAAAUCCGCCCUGAUGACCGUCUACCAGCAGCGUCAAUUCGACAUGAGUCCUUGGAACGUGCGACAGGGUGUUGGUUGGAUAAUGGAGAGUGUCUUCCAAGAGAUUGACGUUGAGACUGGCAAGAUGUUGUUCCAAUGGCGCUCGCUCGACCAUGUUGAUCCGUCGCUCAGUUACACUUAUCCCGACCAUACGGAUACUUCAGGUACUGGGCUGAGCCCGUUUGCGCCGUGGGAUUAUUUCCAUAUCAACUCGAUUGAUAAGAAUGCGGAUGGUGAUUAUUUGAUCUCCUCGCGCCAUACAUCUGCAAUUUACAAGAUCUCCGGCAAGGACGGUUCCAUUAUCUGGCAGCUGCACGGCCAGUACCCGUCGUUUACCAACAUCAACUUCAGUUUCUCGCAACAGCACGAUGCGCGCUGGUUAUUUGAGAAUGCGACACAUACAUACUUGUCGCUAUACAACAACGGAUACAAUGGUUUUAACCAGACGCAUCAGUACUCGUCUGGCAUGCUCAUCCUCAUCGACCAUGUGGACAUGACGGCUACCCAGCUGCGAGACUACAUGCCUCCAGGUAAAAGCAUGCUCAGCUCCAGCCAAGGCAACAUGCAAGUCCUGAACAACAGCCAUGUAUUCAUGGGCUGGGGCAACAACGCAUACGUAUCCGAGCACGACGCAGACGGCAACCUCGUCUUCUGGGCCUUCCUCUCCCAGGAUCCAGGAUUCAUGAACUACCGCGCCCAGAAAUUCGAAUGGGACGCCAACCCAACAGACGUCCCAGCGCUAUGGUCCUAUUCCAGAUCUACAGAACCCUACUCCCCAACGACACAGUAUGUCAGCUGGAACGGCGCUACGCGCGUCAAGUUCUGGCGCUUCUAUGGUUCUACGAACGCCACAGGUCCUUAUACCAUGCUUGAUGAAAUACCCAAAGCGGGUUUUGAGACAGCCUACACCGACGUGAACUUUUACCCCUGGACCCAUGCGGAAGCAGUAGACGGGCAGGGGAAGUUGUUGGGCAAGUCCCCCAACACGUUUACAUUCGUGCCCUCACCAGAGUUGCAAAGUUACUGCUCCGAGAAAGACUGUGGGAAUGCACUGAGUUACGGCUUCCAAGAUGACCCGAACACCAGGCCGCUGAUUCCACCCAUGGGCGUUAACACAGUGCCCUGGGUUGACCCGGAUAAUCCAGAGAAGUUGUUUGAUUAUGGAAUAUCGGGUGGGCAGUCCGAAGAGUCUUCUUCAUCUGAUGCUGCUUCUGGUAGUGUAUACGAUUAUACCAAUUGGGCCGUUGGAGCCGUGGUUGUACUUAUUACAGCCGUGGCAGUGCAGGUGAUCGUCAGCUGCUGUCGUUGUCCGCGGCGGCGGGAUCAGACGUACUGGGAUAGGCGCGAUUCGAUGGACACUCUGGGUGACAUGCCGGAGGACGAGCCAAAGCCGUCAGAGACGGGAGAGCGGCGGUGGUGGCAGCAGUGGACGGAGGAUGACUACCUGCCGUUGCAGGAACGCGAGCGACGGGAGAGUAUCAUACGCCCAGCCACUGCCGAGUCAUUACGAUCCACCAUCCAUGGCCCACAUCCCCACAUGGACAGGGGCCUAUGGCUGGAAAUUACCGGUACCAAGCGGUACAGUAUGUCCCGUGAUCAUCCGGGCUACUAUUUAAAUGAUACGGACAUGAUACGUAGUCUGAGCUACUCCGCUCUUAUCUUUUCUUGUCAUUUUCUUUCUCUCUUUUUCUCUCAUAUACCACAUUAUAUACAUGACGUUGGCAUGCCUCGCAUCUCCGUCUCCGGCACCACUAACCGCCGACUAUCCUCUCCUCUCGUCUCCCCUCUACCUACCACUCCUGCUGCCAAUUCUCAACUUCAUGUAAACCGGGACCGGAAUGCCCGCCAUUCACGCAAUACUUCCUGGUCGACUGGUCGCGAUAUCCUCUCCCCUGCCGUAGGCGAGUUCUCCACUACCUUUGAGUCCACCGCCGGAUCUUCAACAACACAGCAACGUCGUCGCCGCGAAUCCAACUACUCGCUCGCCAGUGUCUCCGAGAGAGGUGGCGGCGGUGGUAACGAUUCCGACGCGGACAACGGCUACGACUACGACGCAGACGAGACUAUGGCGCUGAGAAAUACCUCGAUGGAUUGGAAGGGCCACGCCCGUCGCCGCUCCCAGAGCCAGGGCCAGCAGGAAUUGCCCAUACUAGAACCGCACCCGUCGAAUUCUGCUGCUGCUUCGCCGUUACAUCCCUCCGACCCUUCACACUCGUUUGUUUCGGGGCCUCCGCCGAUAUCUUCGACUGCGCGUCCCGGACCCGUAACGUGGAUGUCGCUGCCGAGGAAAAAGCAGCUCGCGAUUCUGGGACUGUGUCGCGUGUUCGAUUUCUUACAGAUCGCCUCAUUGCAGGCGUACAUGUUCUACCAGCUCAAGUCGUUCGACAAGGAUCUUUCAGACUCCGAUGUUUCCACGCAAGCGGGUAUUCUGCAAGGUGCGUUUACGGCUGCACAGUUCGCGACGGCGAUUCCAUGGGGUCGGGUUGCGGAUGCGGAGUGGGGAGGUCGGAAGUUCGUGCUGCUUGUUGGGUUGCUGGGGACUGCAAUUUCGUGUUUGGGAGUCGCGUUCUCGACAUCUUUUGCGCAGGCGGUGUUUUGGCGGUCGUUUGGGGGUGCGAUUAAUGGGACCGUGGGAAUUAUUAGGACGUCCAUUGCGGAGAAUGUUAAGGAGAAGAAGUAUCAUUCUAGGGCAUUUUUAAUUUUGCCGAUUGGGUUUAAUAUUGCUUCAUUGUUUGGGCCGGUCAUGGGUGGUAUGCUCUCUGAUCCCGUCACGAGUUAUCCUGCGCUGUUCGGCCCGAAUUCGUCAUUUGGUGGCCAGUCCGGUGUUCAAUGGCUGAUCACUUACCCCUACGCUUUGCCCAUGUUGGUCAAUGCCAUUUUCUUGUCAAUGUGUGCGGGCUUUGUUGCUAUGGGCUUCGAAGAAACACUGGAAGCCUGCAAAGGCAAGCCUGGCUUGGGUGUCUUCGCUAUGCGACUCUUCUCCCGUGUCUUCAAGAGGGUCGUUCCAUCCUCUUCCCCGUUAUACUCUCGACUUCCCUUCCGCGAUUACGACGAAGAAGGCCCCCUGUUGAACCGCCCAUUGGACCGCACGGAAAGCUACGAGAUGGAAGAAAAAGCCAAACCCGCGCGGCCGGCCCGCGUGCUGUCUUUCCGGAAUAUCUGGACCAAGAAUGUCCUCUGUACGCUUUUUGCGCAGGCCUUUUUUGACUUCCAGAUGGGUGCUUUCAACAACCUCUGGCUUCUCUUCCUCUCUACCCCCCGCUACGACCCGAACGACCCCGCCAGUCUGGCCCAGAAGCUGCCGUUCGUCUUCACCGGUGGUCUCGGAAUGCUUCCCCAAAGCGUUGGAUUUGCAACAGCCAUUCUAGGUAUCAUCGGAAUGCUCCUCCAAUUCACCAUCUACCCCAUCAUCAAUGGCCGUCUAGGAACAGCCAAAAGCUACCAAUAUUUCCUCUCUCUCUUCCCCCUCGCCUACGCCUUCGCACCCUACAUCGCCCUCGCCCCCUCCUCAACCCCACCCCCAGACCAAGCCAACGGCAUCUGGGUCUGGUUCUCCAUCAUCGUCGUCCUCUUCCUGCAAGUCACAGCCCGAACAUUCACCCUACCAACCUCCAUCAUCUUACUCAACAACUGUUCCCCGCACCCGUCUGUUCUGGGCACGAUACAUGGUAUCGGGCAGUCGGUGUCGUCGGCGUUCCGGACUCUUGGACCGAUUUUCUCGGGGAGCUGGUAUGGGUAUGGAUUGGAGAUUGGGACGGUGGGUUUUGCUUGGUGGUUGAUUGCGCUGGUUUCGGUGUUUGGAUGUAUUGCUGCGAUUUUCGUUUAUGAGGGGUCUGGGCAUGAGAUUCUGCUUCCUGGGGAGGAGGAGGAGAUGUAG